GUCUCGUCGAUAUGUAUAAUAAUCGAUGUUAUUCACUCGGUAACAAUGGAAUUACAUAUGCGUACUCGCUUAAAAAAUGGGUGUUGCAGUUCCUUUCUUCUUUAUGAUUUGAAGCAUUGAAUUUAACUAGUCGAUGCCGGACUGAUAUCGCGAUAGUGGCAAUUUUAAAGUUGGACAUUAAACUAUGGACAAAAGUCGGUUAGUUUUAUUUAUUUGUAUUUCGUAUUUAAUUUCGAAUAAUGUGUGCUCUAGUCAACGAACUGGAUCAAAUCGAAUUAAUCGAAUACGCGGCAGCGUUAUCACAAAUUUAACUCGUACGCAUUCAUAUGAUGAUGAUAUAGUGACCAGCCAUUUGGAUGCGUCCGUUCGAAUUCGACAAUUUUAUCGCAUGAUUCGAGAUGUGUAUAAUAAUGUGUUAGGUGGAACUGGCCAACGACAAACUGGGAAAUUCCUUCAAAAUCGCAUACCAAACAACAUUCCGUUUCCAUGCAAAACAAGCGGAUUUCGAAGCAGAACUGUACCAGAAAGUGUACAUGAACUGAGACCAGGUGAUAUUGAUAUUGUGGCUGCUGUUGGCGAUUCAUUGACCAGUGCUACAGCAGCAAAUUCAGCCGCUUUGUGGGAAGUGCUUGUGGAAAAUCGCGGUUUAUCGUGGUGCAUUGGAGGUCAAGGAACAUUCCGUACGCAUCUGACGCUGCCAAACAUUCUAAAGGAGUUCAAUCCGCGUUUGUUUGGAUAUUCGCUACAAGACUCAUACAAUGUGCACCGUUCGGCUCAAUUCAAUGUUGCUGAGAAUAUUGCAACCACAAGUGAUAUGCCGUACAAUGCGGAAAAGUUGUUGCAUCGCAUGAAAUUAGAUCGACGUGUAAACAUGACGAGUCAUUGGAAACUUUUAACAUUUAUGAUUGGUGGUAAUGAUUUUUGUUCAGAUGUUUGCUAUCAAACAAACGCUACGCAAUGGAUAAAUCGGAGUCAAGAAAAAUACUUGAUAAAAACGUUGCGCUAUCUUCGUGACAAUAUGCCAAGAACGUUUGUGAAUCUGGUGCCAUCACCGCUGGUGAGUUUAUCUUUUUCGAUGGAUCGUGUUCAAGUUCCAUGGCAGUGUCAUCUGAGCCGACCAAUCGAAUGCUCCUGCCUCUUUGGACCAGCAUACUCAAAGGCACGCAAUUUAUAUCGUCGGCUGGAACGAAAUUUUGUGAAAAUCAUGGAACGAGUGAGCUAUCGAGAUGAAUUUCAUACAAAGGACUUUACAGUUGUUUAUCAGCCAUUUUUCAAGGAUGCCUCAGUAUUUUUGGAUCAUGUUAAGAAGCCAGAUAUGACAAUAAUGUCGGUGGAUUGCAUUCAUUUAAGUCAGAAGGGACAUGCUGUCUCUGCUGCAGGUCUUUGGAAUAACAUGCUUCAGCCAACGGGCUUGAAAACAAUAGGUCUUAAGCCGUUAUUCAAGGAGUUUUUGUGUCCGACUGAAGAAAAUCCAUAUUUAAGAACCUAUUUCAAUAGCCAACCAUUUUCACCGAGAUAAAUUCGAUUUGUUAUUGUUGUUUUCAAUCUUUUAUUUUCGUCGAUUUUGAAUAAUUUUAUAUACAAAAUGUGAUUGACUUUAAUUACCUAGAAUGCAACGGAGACACAGCAAUUUUUUUUUUUGGUUGUGCCCACACAAUAUUGGUCGUUUAACUUAUUAUUUUUAAAACAAAGGUUUUCGAUGAAACAAAAUAAAUAAAGAAUUUUCUUGUUAAUUUA